UUAUCGACGUUCGCUUUUACUUUUCGUUGGCUCGCCCCUGUUCGAAACGAUGUGACUGCUUGCGGCAUGCAGGGCCUUGAUCCUACCACAUUCCAGUGCUUCGGGAUGGCGGGUCGUGUCUCUCGCACCACCAAUUCCGUCUUAUUGCAAUACGCACCCUCGAGACUCAGCAAACGAUCGAUCAUGACACACGUAGCGCCCGAUUUUUAUGAAAUUGAUGACCGUGCCGAACAGAAGCAUGUUAACAGAGGAUUUCGCCGCAGUGUAGACCGCUCCCCAUGCGCUUUUUCAUGGGGGAGAAAGGUCCGAUAGGGAAUGUAACAUGAUGAGCAGUGUGGCUGUUUGCGGUAUGCUUCUUCACCCGCCACACACAUUUUCUGGGAUUGCUCCAACCACAUCUGCAACUCCAAGCGAUGUUUGAGUCGUUGGCACUCUUUGCAAAUUUGGCAAACUGGCACGCUUCACGGAUCCCGGGCAACUUCAAGCCCAUUCGUCGAGCAUUCCUUACUCUUCGCUAAGUAUAGACCAUUGGUCUCUUGGAAUGCGCGCCUUAAAAUGAUGAGGUUGGUAGGAACUCAUGCACAUCGUCAUGCAGUAUUAUAUAUCGAGUAAGGUUUGUUCAUUUAUUUGUGUUUAUCGUGUUUGCUAUUCAUACCAUUGGUGCAUUGAGAUAUCUUCGUUGCAUUACUCCUGCAAGGCACGUUUCCCAGAGCUGCACGCUCCAUCCACACUACCCACGUACACGAACACGCAUACCACAACAAGCAACCAGCUGCGAGUAUUUUACCAAAAGACUGGAUGUGCUUGGUUCUCGCAAACACGUGAAAGACUCCAGAUAUGGCCUACCUUCUACCAACUCACACGGAUAUCCCAAUGCGGGCAACAGCCGACAAAGAGCCCUCUACUAUCGAUCUGGAGCAGCUCUUUGAACAGUACGUCGAGACAGACUUGUUCCAGCAAUUCAGUAGCGACGAUGCUACCGCAGACCAAUCGUCCUCGGAUGAUCUUGCACAUCUUUUUGAGAUCCCUACGUCGAAUGGGAGCAUUACAUUGGAGACUAGCACCUUGCCAAAUAUGGAACCCAGCAUCCACGGAACAUCUUGGCACAAGGCUGGUCAUAGACAGGAAAAACAAAGUCUAGCCUCGCCCAACCUGGACUUUCUCUCCUCUUCCAUAUAUUCUGAGAGUUCAGGAAAGGCUUGUUUGAGCGAUUCGGAUCUAUACAAUUUCGACGACAUCUUCGAACUCGAUCACCUGCAACUUGGCGCCGAUUCCCACAACCCGCAGAGCGCUACUGUGCCUCGCAUCAAAAGAACGUCAAGCUUGGAUCGUCUCAACCGUCAAGGAGUCAGAAAGACCAGCAGAAAACCCGCCAGCCUGAGCAACAUCAACAAGAUGAUGCGUCCAUCCCAUUACCGCACUGGACUCCAGGAACCCUGGGCUAAGAAGAUGAACGCUGCGCCUGAGAACUUCAACAUCCAAAUGCCACCCAACGCGUUUGGUUCUUCAGCCCUAGCCUCUACCAUCGUCAAAGAGAAGAGCGGGAAAGGCUACCUACCCCGCGAUACUCAAUCCUACGCUGUUGCAUUAUCGUCACCCCUGUACGGCGAGGCCACCACCACACCAGAAGUCCAAACUUCCAACUAUGAGUUCACACCACUGUCGUCGCCCGCCAUUGAAAUUGGCUCAAAAUUGAACGGUACCGAGCACCCAUUCCAGCCCUCAAGUGAUAAUAUGGGAAGCGCAUACAUGUCGCAACAUUUCUCGAAUGCGGCUCUUUCAGCCUUGCAGACCCCGCCCCCAACUCAGCGUCUCCCGACGGUCUUGUGGGAUGUCGACGCAUCUUCGAACAUCCAAUUUGGCGACUUGACUGCUGGCUUCUCAACAGAAGAAAGCGCGAAAAAUAAUACGUGGUGGACUACCACUGCUACAUCAGUGCCGCCGUUCCCUCAGCCGUCUCCCACAAGCAACGGUCACGAUGUCUACUCAAGCGACCGCACGCACACGUCCACGAGCGACAAUCUAGAGCCCAACGGGCUUGGUGAUGCAUCCGUCGUAUCCGGCCUAGGAAUAACCUGCGACACAGCCUCUUUCACGGGUUUGGACGGUGAUUUAUCAUCAUCAACAAGCAUGACCACCCCUUCCACUAAUAGCAACAACCACCUUGUCCCUGCCGUUGACGCAGCCUCGUCUUAUGACUUUGCGCAUCAUCUUCGAUCUGUGUAUCCCGCACCCCCAUCUCCAGGUAUACCCAUUGGCACAGGACCUGCACGCCCUCCUUCCCCUUCCAACUCGCGCUCCCACUCGCCUCGUCCACUCUUCACCCGCCGCCGUCAUAGCCAGAUGCCGUCUUCACACCAUCAAUCCCACCACGCAAGCAACCAUACCCGGCGAAAAUCCAGCACAAACUCCGGUUCGCACCGCACUGCUUCAGGGUCUUGGGCAUCGGGCGUUGGUGCCGGCUCGUCUGCUGGAUCGGGAUCCGUAGGCUUCGUCAACUUCACACCCAGCGACAGUCGCAAGAUACUGACUGGUGUCGCCCCGAGCGGGAGCAGCAAGACAAAAGCGCGCCGUGAAAGAGAAGCCGCAGACAAGCGGAGAAAGCUAAGUCAGGCUGCUCUCAAAGCCGUCAUCGAAGCCGGUGGGGAUGUGGGGAGACUGGAGAAAGAAGGCUUGCUUGCGCUUGAAGGGUAA